UCAACCAUGCUGGCCUCUGGACUGCUCCUGGUGACUGUGCUGGCCUUCCUCGUUGUCCUGGUCUUGAUGUCUGUCUGGAAGCAGAGGAAGCUCUCAGGGAAGCUGCCUCCAGGACCGACCCCAUUGCCCUUCAUCGGGAACUAUCUUCAGCUGAACACAGAGCAGAUGUACAACUCCCUCAUGAAGAUCAGCAAACAGUAUGGUCCUGUGUUCACCAUCCACCUGGGGCCUAGCCGCAGAAUUGUGGUACUGUGUGGACAAGAAGCUGUCAAGGAGGCUCUGGUGGAUCAAGCUUUGGACUUCAGUGGGCGUGGAGAGAUUGCUGUCUUUGACUGGCUCUUCAAAGGCUAUGGAGUGGCCUUCAGCAACUGGGAGAGGUCCAAACAGCUGAGGCGCUUCUCCAUCGCCACACUGCGGGACUUUGGCGUGGGCAAGCGUGGAAUCGAGGAGCGCAUCCAAGAGGAGGCGGGCUAUCUCUUGGAGGCAUUACAUAAGACAAAUGGUGCCCUCAUUGACCCUACCUUCUACCUGAGCAGAACCGUCUCCAAUGUCAUGAGCUCCAUUGUUUUUGGGAACCGCUUUGACUAUGAGGACAAAGAGUUCCUGUCACUGCUGAAGAUGAUGCUGGGGAGUUUCCAGUUCACAUCUACCUCCACUGGGCAGCUCUGUGAGAUGUUCUCUUCAAUGAUGAAGCACCUGCCGGGGCCACAGCAACAGGUCUUUAAGGAACUGAAAGGACUGGAGAACUUCAUAGCCAAGAAGGUGGAACAGCAUCAGAACAACCUGGACCCUAACUCCCCAAGGGACUUCAUCGACUCCUUCCUCAUCCACAUGGAGCAGGAGAAGAAGAACCCCAAAACAGAGUUCUACAUGAAGAACUUGGUGAUGACGACGCUGAACCUCUUCUUUGCUGGCACAGAGACUAUCAGCACAACCCUACGCUAUGGCUUCCUGCUGCUCAUGAAGCACCCAGAUGUGGAGGCCAAAAUCCAUAAGGAGAUUGACCAGGUGGUUGGCAGAAACCGGCAACCCAAAUAUGAGGACCGCAUGAAGAUGCCUUACACAGAGGCUGUGAUCCACGAGAUUCAGAGAUUUUCAGACUUGCUCCCCAUGGGUGUGGCUCACAGGGUCACCAAGGACACCAAGUUCCGGGACUUCCUCAUACCCAAGGGUACUGAAGUGUUUCCUAUGCUGGGCUCUGUUCUGAAUGACCCCAAGUUCUUCUCCAACCCCAAAGAUUUCAACCCAAAGCAUUUCCUAGAUGACAAUGGACAAUUUAAGAAGAAUGAUGCAUUUGUACCCUUUUCCUUAGGAAAACGGAACUGCUUUGGAGAAGGACUUGCUAAAAUGGAGCUCUUCCUCUUUCUCACCAACAUCAUGCAGAAUUUUAGCUUCAGAUCUCCACAGGCACCCCAAGACAUAGAUGUGUCCCCUAAACUUGUGGGAUUUGGCACAAUCCCACCAAGCUACACCAUGAGUUUCUUGCCCCGUUGAGCCAGGGCUUGAUAAGGGAAAGGGAAUGAUGGAGACCAGGUUAGUGGGGGCAGUUGUGACUUAGGAGUCAAAGGGGCAGGAAUGACAGAGGACAUGAAUAGACUUGCUGAAGAGUGACUGCCAUUUCAAAAGUACAAUGAGAGAAAGGGGAAAUUCAUGGUAUGAUGUGAAUGAUAAUAAUAAUAAUACCAAUAAAUAACAACAAUAACAAUAAUA